UUAAUCAUGAGAUGCCAGGACAGUCAAAGUCAAAUGAUAAAGUUGAUGGAAGAACUGAAAUGCAGAAUAUGCAACUUGGUCAUCAAGAUUCCAACAUGUCACGUCCAUCUGGUUUCACUGCUGAGAUGCCAGGACCGCCAGCAUCAAAUGAUACUGUGGACAUCCCAUUGCAGCAGAAUAAUGUGAGCAGUUCUGCUAGAAAUCUGACUGAAAAUGAAAAAGCAAAAUUUGUUGAUAAAAACAGGGCAACGUUAAUCAAAGAAGUUUCUGAAGUGCUGGCGAUAGCAGAAGAGCUUGGAGACCUGGUCCAUCCUGAAGCCUAUUCAAAUAUUCGAGCUACACCGACAAGUGGAGAUAAAAUGAGGGAGCUCUUUGAAGGACCACUGCGUUCAGGAGGGUGGAGGGUCAAAGCAGCCUUCUUUAAUGCCCUUAAAAAACAUCAUCCAGAACUAGUGGAGAGGCUUGGUGGCUAGUUCAAAGGAAGAGAAAGAGGAAAAAAGGAAGAAAAAGAAGAGACAAUGGUGUCAUUCCUAUAAUCAUCCCAUUUAUUAGGGAUGAGUUGGACAGCCUUAUCAGGAUCCUUUGUACAGAUUUGUAUACAAAGUGAAUGACACCGGUUUCCUAGACAGACUCUCUUCGUUGUCCUGUUACUAAGAAUCUUCACUCUAAAAGAAAGAGGGACGUGAGAGACAAAUAAAAAUCCAGCAAGCAAGAACACACCACACCUAUUAACACCAGCUGAAACAGCAAGCCAUCAUGGGAUAUGAGUGAAUACUCCUCAGUUUACUUAAAGAAAGGGGUUUGCUUAAUGCGUGACACAGAUCAUUGUCCUAUUGUGCUUUGCA